AUGUCGAGAAGUAUUUUUGUGCAGCUGGCGUUGUGGGCGUUGACCCUGCGGAUUGUAGGGGCCGCCAAAGGCAAUCUGCGCCAGUUCACUGUCUUCUCGGAUCCCAUAUUCCUUCGCCGGGGCGAAGUGCACAACCGAUACGUUCUUCCAACGAAGUUGCCCGAUGAGAUCGUGCGAAUGUUUGCGAACAAGACCAUGCACCUGAAGAGUGCCGACCUUGAUAUUGUGCUAGUCAACAACAAGACUGGUGAAAAGCUUUCGGCACCACUGUACAUCACGUACAACCACCAUCAUGCCUUGCUCCUUGGUCCCUCGGAAGAUUUGAUGAAGCUGUACAACUACUCCAAAGACAAGGAUCCUCUUGACCCGCGGGGCUUUCCAAACCAGACCCACAAGCACCAUCACCAUCGCGGGUGUGCAAUGAAGCGGGCCUCCUUUGAAGCGAUCUUGGCCGAAGCUUUGCCGGAGUCCCGCCGCCACGGCAUUUCCGUGUUUGGAGGUGCCAGCGGAGCAGAGUAUCGAGGAACUCCUACUCGAUUGGCCGGCGACUACACGUAUGACGUCAAGUCACCAGAGAGCUUCAUGGUGCUCAUGCACUUCAUCAACACCCAUGGAGUUCCACGAGAUCAGAAACUUUGGGAGUGCCCUUGCACAUCCCGGUCAAAGAUCAACGUGACCAACGGGACAAUUGAUGGAAGAAAGCCACUGCGUUUCCAGUGCUCCCAGCAGCUCUUGGAUGAGGGCAACACUGGCUGCAGUCUGGCAACCUACCAAGGUGGGUACAGGUGCUGUGAGCAUGGCGUCUUCCUCACUGAAGAGCUUCCAGGGCCCGACGCGCCCGUGGACCAGAUUGAGGCCAAGUUCACCUUCGAAUACUAUGAACUGGACUCACCCGAGACUAAAGUUGCAAGGCCAACUAUGCAACCAUCCUGUUGCGAUGCCACAGCCGGCUACCUGGUCAAUACCUCUUACUUUGCGAACAUCGAAUAUGACGUGCCGCAGUGUGCAGCUGGCGUACCAUAUGACCAUUGCGUGCACGUCAUCGAGAGCAUUGAGUAUUUCGAUGCAGGCAGUAACCAGGACCCAAAUGAGGAGUUUGAGUUGGUACACGCCUGGGGCCACCAGCACGUGGCAGGAAUCGGCCUUGAGCUUUUCCGAGUUUCCACCGGUGAGCUGUUGUGCCGCAGCCAUCCCAAGUAUGGAACAGGAGUGCAAGCAGGUGACGAGGAUGGCUUUGUUGUUGGGAUUCCACCGUGUGUUUGGGGACCACCCCCAUUGAGCCCACCUCCGAGGAUCCGCAGGUCAGAGCACCUGCGCACUGUCGCCAGGUACAAUGCUUCUGAAAGGCAUCACGGUGUCAUGUCUCUCUGGCUCUUGACGGCUGCAUCCCUGAAGCCGAACACGGCCAGAGUGGAAUAUCUUGUUUGA